AUGGAUGAGAUGGCCAAGCCCUUUGAGACAUUAUCGCAGGUUAGUGACCGGCAUCUGUCUGCCAUGGAUACACGACGUAUCCUAUCUUCGUCCACUGACGAUCAAUUGCAGGCAGCAUCAACAAGCCCUUCUCAAACAGCCGACACCCGUUCUGAUGGAAGCUUCACGAGCAGCGCUAGUACAUCUGGAACCAGUACUCUUUAUUCCUCCUUCACCGAUGUCCAGUUGACAAAGUCUGAAUCGACAACCUCCGACGCCAACAAUGACGGUCCUCUGAAGCUGAACGAGGUACUCGAUCAUCGCUUGUCGAUGAUCCUUGAAUCUGAACCGAUCGCCAACUCAACAAGUUAUGACAAGUCGAAACAGGUUGCAAAUGAGUUUUCGGCAGCAUACAAGUCUCGAUUCAAUUUCAACUGCGCCUUUAGGUUUACCGGAUCGGUUGAUGAGCCCGAAGCGCCGCCAAAGACAAAGGGUGCAUUCCUGAAGGCGUUGAUUGCCGAGAUGGGCCUUGCCGCAAACGUCCAAGCUGGAUUACAAGCAUACCAACACGCCCUCAACUCACGGAAACAUCAUGUCUUUGAACCGGACUUCCUCAUCGACCAGAACACGGCUACAAUAAUUACCAUUGACCAGCUCGAUCAGAUCGUGGCUCACCUUAAGGAAGCGAAAGAAGGGGUUGACAAGAUCGAACUGGACGACGCGGGCAUCCCGGACGAGCUCUUUGAGGCAUUCUGUCACGCUCAGCUGUGGGUUGCAAGGACCAGAGCCAUCCUCGUUCAGCUGCAUGUGUUUUACAAGAUCAACUUUGUCCUUCCAGACCUCUUACCACCACCACCACCCACCCACCUUUACCCACCAACACCAACCACAAUGGCUGACGAGGCUACCAAGGCAAAGCUCCGAGCUGCCUUUGACAAGCUCACCCCUGAGGACUUCGCCUCGGUCGCCGGCAACAAGGAUGCCCUCGCCGACAAGGUUGCCGAAAAGUACUCCAUCUCCAAGGAGGAGGCACUCAAGCAGGUCAACGAGGCCUUUGCCAAAUAG